AUGGGUAAUGAAAAGGACUCUUGGAAAGUGAAAAUGUUAGAUGACAUUCUCCAGGAAAAGAAACGAAGGAAAAAACAAAAGGAGAAAGCAGAGAUAAAACACUUAAAAAUUUCUGAUGACCAGGAUUCCCUUGAGGAGGGGGAGCUGAGAGAUCACCAAAUGGAAACCACAAGCAGGAGCUCAUCAUAUAGAAGAGACGAUCCUAUGGAAGACAGAGGAGAGGAAGAUAAUUCUCUGGCCAUUAAACCACCCCAGCAAAUGUCCCAGAAAGAAAAAGCCCAUCACAGAAAAGAUGAGAAGAGAAAAGAGAAGCGUAGACAUCGUAGCCAUUCAUGGAAGCACGCUAGAGUGAAAGAAAAAGAAAGAGAACAUGAACGUCAGAAACGCCAUCGAAAAGAACAAGAUAAAGCUCUUAGAGAAUGGGAAAGACAGAAGAGGAGAGAAAUGGCAAGAGAACAUUCCAGGAGAGAAAGGGAAGGCUUGGAGCAGUUAGAAAGGAAGAGGGAGCGGGAGCGCAAGAUGAGGGAGCAACAGAAGGAACAGCGGAAACAAAAGGAGCAGGAAUCUCACAAAGAGAGAGAAGCAUGUAGGGAAGUCUCUGCACAUCACCGUACCAUGAGGGAGGACUACAGUGAUAAAGGAAAGGUUGGCCACUGGAGCCGCAGCCCUCUGCGGCCACCUCGAGAGCGCAUUGAGCUGGGAGACGACCGUAAGCCAGUAAAAGAAGAGAAAAUAGAAGAAAGAGACCUUCUGUCAGACCUACAGGGCAUCAGUGCCAGUGAGAGGAAGACCAGCUUAGCCGAGUCUUCAUUAGCAGAAUCAGGCUCAGGUUCUGAGGAGGAGGAAGAAGAGGAAGAAGGGAGCACCAGUGAAGAAUCAGAGGAGGAGGAAGAGGAGACUGGGAGCUACUCUGAGGAAGCCUCAGAACAGUCUGCGGAAGAAGUGAGUGGUGAAGAAAUGAGUGAAAAUGAAGAGAGAGAAAAUGAAAACCACAUCUUGUUUGUUCCAGAGUCACAAUUUGACCGAGAUUCUGGGGACAGUGAAGAAAGGGAAGAAGUGGGUGAGGGGACCCCACAGAACAGUGCCCCAAUGGAAGGAGACUAUGUGCCUGACUCUCCAGCCCUGUCGCCCAUUGAGCUAAAACAGGAGCUGCCCAAGUACCUGCCAGCCCUGCAGGGAUGCCGGAGUGUAGAGGAGUUCCAGUGCCUGAACAGGAUUGAAGAAGGCACCUAUGGAGUAGUCUACAGAGCAAAGAACAAGAAAACAGAUGAAAUUGUGGCUCUGAAGCGGCUAAAGAUGGAGAAGGAGAAGGAAGGCUUCCCAAUCAUGUCACUGAGGGAGAUCAACACCAUCCUCAAGGCCCAGCACCCCAAUAUCGUCACUGUCCGAGAAAUCGUUGUGGGAAGCAACAUGGACAAGAUCUACAUUGUGAUGAAUUAUGUUGAGCAUGAUCUCAAGAGCCUAAUGGAGACCAUGAAGCAGCCCUUUCUGCUAGGGGAGGUGAAGACCCUAAUGAUCCAGCUGCUGAGUGGGGUGAAGCACCUCCAUGACAAUUGGAUCCUGCACCGUGACCUUAAGACCUCUAACCUUCUGCUGAGCCAUGCUGGCAUUCUCAAGAUCGGUGACUUUGGGCUGGCUCGUGAGUAUGGUUCACCCCUGAAGGCCUACACUCCAGUUGUCGUAACCCUAUGGUAUCGAGCCCCAGAACUGCUGCUUGGUGCUAAGGAGUACUUUACAGCUGUGGACAUGUGGUCAGUGGGCUGUAUCUUUGGAGAGCUGCUGACACAGAAACCUCUCUUCCCUGGGAAGUCAGACGAGAUUGAUCAGAUCAACAAGGUUUUCAAGGACUUGGGGACUCCCAGUGAGAAAAUCUGGCCUGGCUAUAAUGACCUCCCAGCAGUCAAGAAGAUGACCUUCAGCAAGUAUCCCUAUAACAACCUCCGCAAGCGAUUUGGGGCUUUGUUAUCAGAUCAGGGCUUUGAGCUCAUGAACAAGUUCCUGACAUACUAUACGGCGAGGAGGAUCAAUGCAGAAGAUGGCCUCAAGCAUGAGUAUUUCCGAGAGAUUCCCCUCCCCAUUGACCCGUCCAUGUUUCCCACAUGGCCGGCCAAGAGCGAGCAGCAGAGGGUGAAGCGAGACACGAGUCCAUGCCCCCCUGAGGGCGGCCUGGGCUACAGGCAGCUGGGUGAUGAUGACCUGAAGGAGACCAGCUUCCACCUCACCACCACCAACCAGGGAGCCUCAGCUGCUGGUCCUGGCUUCAGCCUCAAGUUCUGA